UAAAAAAAUAUUUAAUAAUAAUGAAGAUAUUGUUGCUUAUUCUUCAAGCUCUGAUAAAAAACUUAAAAAACAAAAAUUGUUCAAUACAUACACAUCUAGCUUAGAAUUAUCUCAAACUGAAUAUGAUAAUCCAGCUGAUAAUGAUAACAAUAAUAUAUCCGAUGA